UACUUUACAGUUGCAGCCAAUAUGGUGCUCACUCUGUACAAGUUAGACGCCAGUCCACCGGUACGAGCAGUGAAGAUGGUGAUUGCAGCCAUCAAUCUACCUGAUGUGGAAUAUGUUGACGUCAAUUUGCUACAAGGCGAUCAUCUCAAAGAAGAUUAUAUCAAGCUUAAUCCACAACACACGAUACCGACAUUGGUGGAUGAUGACUUCGUUAUUUGGGAUAGCCAUGCGAUUGCUACUUAUCUCAUAAACAUGUACGCUGACAACGACUCUCUAUACCCAUCGGAUCCGAGGAAACGAGCUCUGAUCGAUCAAAGAAUGCACUUUGAUAGUAGCAUUCUGUUCCCACCUGUACGAGAAGCAGUAGGCCCAGUUAUUUUCGGAAACGACAAAGCAUUCCAGCCUGAAGUGCUGCAAAAAAUCCAAAGUGGCUAUGAGUUCACCGAAAAGUUCCUCAUAGGGGAGUGGCUGGCCGGUGACGACUUGUCAGUAGCAGACAUCUGCUGUGUUGCCACUAUCAGCACCGCAAACGAAAUUUUACCUAUAGAUGAAAAUUUAUUCCCAAAACUGGCCGAAUGGAUUAAGCGUUGCUCAGAACUGGAAAUCUAUAAAAACGAAAACGUGCCCGGGUUGAAUCUUUUCAGUCAGAUACUGAAGAGCAAAUUGGCUUAGAUUUUAAUUAAUGAAAUUUAAAUCUGAGACAAAAGUAUAUAAAUACAAGUACA